AUGGAAGAAGGUUCAUCAUCUCAACCUUUGGCUUUGGCUACUUCCAGCCAAAUGUCAAGUGCAGCACCAACCUCAUCAACACCUCAAUCUGAAACUGGUGGGACACCUCAAUCUGUACCUGAUGUCUCUGAAACUGAAGUUACAACCCCAGGUGAAGGUAACAAGAAGUCAAAACAGUAUUCUGAUGUAUGGGUGAAAGAUUUUACUAGGUUAAAUCCUCUUCAAGCAAGAUGCAAUCAUUGUAAAAAUACUUUUGAUGCAAAGGUUAGGGAUGGGACAACUAGUUUGAAGAAUCAUGCAGCUAGAUGUCCUAAGAAUCUUGAUAGGAAGAAGGGACAACAGAGUAUUGUUUUAUUACCCCCAAAGCCAGGUGUUAGUGCUAAACUAGUUGCUUCCUCUUAUAGUUAUGAUAGGUGCAGAAGGCGUUUAGUGGAGUUUAUAAUUAAGCUAGAGUUGCCGUUUAGAAUUAUUGAAGCAGAGGGUUUAAGGUCUUUGCUUCAAGAGUUUGAGCCUAGAUUUCCUGUCCCAAGUCGUAUGACAAUUUACAGAGACAUUUUAGAAAUGUAUAUUGAUGAGAAGAAACUGUUGAAAGCAUAUUUCAAGGCGAACAAACAAAGAGUAUCUCUAACAACAGAUACAUGGACAUCGCUGAAUAAUUUCAAUUGUAUGUGUGUAACUAUUCAUUAUGUAGAUGAUAAAUGGAAGUUGCAAAAGAGAAUUAUCAUGUUUUGCUUAGUGAAAGGUCAUACAGGUAAAGCCAUUGGUAUCAUGCUAGAAAAUUGUUUGGUGGAUUGGGGACUCGAAGAUGUUUUUGCUGUGACUCUUGACAAUGUUAAUGCUAAUAUUCUGGCUAUUGAUUACUUGAAGACUAGUGUAAUUGGUUGGACAGGUGCAGUUGAAAGAGCUGCGUACUUACAUGUCAGAUGUGCUGCACAUGUCCUUGCUCUGGUUAUAAGAGAUGCAAUACUUAAAUAUAACGCGUCGAUUAAGAGGAUCAGGUCAGUUGUGAAGUUUGUUACUGCUUCUCCUACUAGGUUGGCUACAUUUAAAGAGUAUUGUACAAAAGAAAGGAUUGACUCCAAGAAAGGUUUGAUUUUAGAUGUUAAAACCCGUUGGAAUAGCACAUAUUUGAUGUUAGAGGCAGCUGAAAAGUGCGAAAGAGUUUUUAAUAGGUUAGCAAGGAAUGACAAAGACUUCCAAAAGAAGUAUAUUUUCCCUGAAGAUGAAUCGUUUGCUUUACCUAAUAUUCAAUAUAUACUUUCUGAUAUUGAUAAUUCUGACCUUGGAGAGUUAUCUUCCGACUCUUCAUAUAGUUCUGAAUCUGACAGUGAAAGUGUGAAUGCUAAUCCAAGAGGAAGGAAGCUAUUACUGAAAAAGAAAAAGAAGAAAAAGCCUAAGCAACAUGCUCCUUAUGCCAAAGAUUGGGAUUAUGCCAAAGGCCUUGUGAAGUGUUUUAAGGUAUUCUUUGACUGUACUGCUAAGUUUUCUGGUUCAACAAAGGUUACAUCACAUAUAUUCUUAUGGCAAUUAGCAAUCAUCCAUGAACAAUUAAUUGCUUUUAGAGAUACCAGAAAUCCAGAUCCUUAUAUUUCAAGUUUGGCAACUCUUAUAAUUGGCAAGUACAAUAAGUACUGGGAUAGGUAUGAAGAUAUGAAUUCAGCAUUAUUUUUUGCCCGAAUACUUGAUCCAAGAGAGAAAGAAGGUGGGUUAGAGUUUGUGCUUCAGUCUUUGUAUGAGAGCGAUGAAUACAGGGUUGAAAGUAUUAUGAAAAAGGUAAAGGAAGAAAUUGUGAGACUCUUUGAAGAGUAUAAGUGUAUGUUUUCAACAGUGGAGGAAGGGUCAUCUAGUGUUGCUGUUGUGGAUGUAACUCCUGAUAUUAUGGUAGAUGAUUCGAUUGAGGCUAUUCUUGAGUCAAGGAAGAAAAAGCGUAGAAAAAACCCAGUUAUUGAUGCAAACUCAGAGUUAGAUAAGUAUUUGAUGGAUGAUUGUGUUCCAAAUAAUCCCGAUUUUGAUAUAUUGGCUUGGUGGAAAGAAAAUAGCACCAAGUAUAAAAUACUCUCACAUAUGGUGAAGGAUAUAUUAGCUAUACUUGUCUCUUCAGUUGCGUCUGAAUCUACAUUUAGUACAGGGAAGCGUGUUCUUAGCCAUAGAGAAGCUCUUUGUCUGCGAGGACAGUUGAGGCGUUACUCUGUACGCAGAGUUGGUAACAAAAGCCUGUCGAUCUUGAUUUUCUAA